AUGGGAGCUCGUGGAGUCGCCGCUGCCUACGACACCGCAGGAGCCGGUGGAGGACUCGCCUCGGUGCCGGCAACCACUGAGGGUGUGGCAGCCACCACGGCCGCUAGGAUGGUUGCCGCCAGGCCGCUGGCAGCCGCAGCUGGGGCGGUUGCCACCGCGGCACCGGCGGCUGUCGCAGGGGAGGCUACCGCCGUGGCCGCCAAGGAGGGAGCCACCGCUGGGGCGGCCGCCGCUAUAGCAGACGAGGAGGUGGCCGCGGCCGCUGGGCGCGCCCUUGAUCGGCGCACAAUCAGGGGCCUGUCGUCGUCGCUCUCCUCCUCCUCUUCGUCACCCAUGGGGAUGACUUCCCAGGUGGCGGCGACCCGGCUGGUCUCAUCGUUCGAGGGCGGGUCGUAA